GAUGAGCGUUCGAUUCGAAUUUUAUAUAGCGAUAAGAACUAAUGCGAUUAAUGAGUUUAUUGUGAUUUACAUUUUUAUCUUUUUAUUUACCGGUCUUUGUGUUAUCUUAACUUAUCACAUUAAAGAUGAUCGGAUAAUAGACCAAACAUUUGUCAAAAUAUUAUUUUAAAAAGUUACGCUGUUGUGGAUUUAUUCUCUCCUUUUUAAGUGUUGAUUUCUAAUUAAUUGAAUUUUUAGACAUUAAAAAAAGAUAGCAGAAGGAAACAAAUUUCGUCGGCUGAUAAUGAUCACUAUUAUAUUGCUAUUACUUAUCCUUAUUCUACUGAUAUCUAACUAUUAUGUGCAUUAUCAUGGAAGAAAGGGACGACUUAUCAAUCUUAUACCAGGACCAUCAGGUUAUCCAAUUGUUGGAAAUGCAUUUCAAUGUUUUGGUUCACGAGAAGAACAAUGGAAGAUUGUGAUUACCCUAACUGACGAGUUUUAUCCCAUUGCAAAAGUAUGGGGAUUCUUUUUUCCCGUAAUAUUCAUCAGUCAUCCGAAUGAUUUAGAGACAAUAUUAAGCAGUACAAAACAUAUUGAAAAAAGUAUCCUUUAUGAUAUUUUACAUCCGUGGUUCGGUACUGGUCUUCUCACUAGUGGAGGCGCCAAAUGGCAUUCACGACGAAAGAUAUUAACCCCCACAUUUCAUUUUAAUAUAUUGCAGCAGUUUAUUCAGAUUUUGAUCGAGGAAGGUGAAAACAUGACCAAAUCUUUGAAAAAUGCAGGAGACACAGUUGUGAAAGAUUUAGUACCAUUUUUUAGCGCACAUACGCUGAAUGCAAUAUGUGGUAUAAUGUGUUUAUAACUGUACAUUUUAACUGUAAAUUUUAUUCCUAUUGAUAAAUAAAAUUAGACCAAAAUCAAAUUUUUUAAAUUGUAAGUAUCAAUAUCACAACAUAGAUACUGAUUCGUGUAAAAUUUCGACAGCCACAGAUACUUUUAAAAUAUAUAUGAUAAUAUUAUCAUGAUACUUUUACAAAUGCGUUUGU